GGACCGCAGAGCAAGGGAUGACAACUACUCUCCACACCGAUCUAGAUCUAUUUCCAGAUCGGUCUCUCCACGCAGUGAGAGAAACCAAAGGUCUUCAAGGCGAUCUAAAUCCAUGUCUAGAUCCCCUCCUCCAAAUGAUGAUAGAAAGCACCAGUUGAGCAAGUCCCCAAGUCCGAGUGAAAAUGGCCGGAGUGCUCAUGAUGAGGAGUAUGCACGCCGCAGAUCAGAGAGUCCUAAAGUGACUGCUCGCCCCUCCAGAUCUCAUUCUCGAUCUUACAGCUUUUUUGUUACCCAAUUGGCUCUGCGUUCUCUUCAUUGGGAUCCAAGUUUGAUCUGCAUGUUGGAACAUGGUAGAUAUAAGUUUUAUUGUGGAGGUCUUGAGAUGCUGACAUGGUCUGAAAGGUCCGCAUUGAUGGAUGAUAAACAUGCUGCUGUUGUCAUGUGGUGCUGUUCUUCCUGUUCGAAUUGUAGAGUGUACUCUGCUAUAAGUUAA